AUGCUGAGGCCGGCUUACUUGCUGCUGCACCUGCUGCUGCUCCUGGGGGGCCCGAGGACGAGCGACUCCCACAAGGUCUACAGAGCGGCACCAGCCUUCGGUUGCCCCAGCACAGCCCUGUCCGAGGUCAAGGCGAGCCAGGAGGAGGAUGCGCCCCUGCUGAACAAGAGGAGCUUCCCGGGCCUGCCCGGUCGCGACCCGUCCUCGGCGGAGGAGGAAGAGCGGCAGGACCAAGGGAAGAGGACUUUCUCCGGCUCUGCGGCUGGGGGCACCAGGUACAAGUACGCGCCCCAACUGCAGCAGAAGGGGAAGCUGUAUCCCGACAAGCCGGGCGGCGACCGGCGCGCCAAGUUCACCCUGUCCCUCGACGUCCCCACCAACAUCAUGAACAUCCUCUUCAACAUCGCCAAGGCCAGGAGCCUGCGAGCCAAGGCAGCUGCUAACGCGCACCUGAUGGCGCAGGUGGGGCGGAAGAAAUAG